AUGACGCCAAAACCCGGCCCUUCCCUCCUCUCCCUUCCCCCCGAACUCCGCGAUCAAAUCCUCCUCCACACCCUGCACCAAACCUGGAACGCAGAAUCCACCCUCCGCAUCAUCCCCAACCCGGACAUCAAAGACGGACAAAUCUACUUCUGGCCCGAAGAUGCCAAAUGGAACCCGGCCCCCCUCCUCGCCAUCUGCAAGCAACUCCGCCACGAGAUCCAAGGCCUCAUGCUCUCCCAGCACAAAGCCUCCACCGUGCGCUUCGAGAUCGAUCUCCGCGUCAAGGGAUGGGUCUACACGCCGACGUGGACCUACAUGUCCUUUGCUCUGCGCCCGCGGGAUCGCAUCGAUGAGUUGAAAGUCUGCAUGACCAUCUAUAGCACCGAGGCGUUCCGCAGGAACGACAGCUGGCCGCGGCAGCCGGGUCAGGUCUUUGGGAAUCUUCUCCGCUUGCUGAAUCGGUUCCUGUUCCGUGGUCCUUCCUUUCUGGAUCGAGAUCCGCCUGCAGAGACUCCCGGUCCGCAUUUCAUCAAGCGCUUGUCGGUGCAUGUCGGCUUUGAGGAUUGGUAUACGCCCGCUACGUGGGCAGAAACCGUCUAUGAAAUCUUCAGCCUUAUGAAGGCGCUUUCCUUGCUGGAUACCGCUCAUCAGUAUAUUGGGAGCAUACAUGUCACAACGAUGUAUUCCUAUCGUGGCGAAGAAAUCUCAAGAGACCGGGAAUGGCGCGUGGUCCCCGUAGAUCAGGCCAUUUUCAAGGAAGCGGACUGGGCGCGCUCUGGAUUUCACUUUGGCCAACACUGGCUGCAGAAGCAUCCAACCAAGUUAGCAAAAUGA